AAUUGCCUGAAGGGAGUAGGUAGACAGAAAAGAUAAAUAAAUGCUUUUCUAGAAUGACAGUAAUUCUGAAAAUGCAUUGAGAAUGGGGGUGGUUAAAAGUGGAGGGUAUCACUUUUUAAUUGUAUAUGUAAUUUGUUAUUGCUGUGUACUGAAAACUUGACUGCAAAGGAAAAAAAGAGCAUAAAAUUAGGUCAGAUGUUGGAAAUGGGAUCCAAAGGUGUCCCAUCACUCUUAUUUUUUUUUUUUUUUAAGAUUAUUUAUUUGGAAGUCAGAGUUACACAGAAAGAGAAAGAUAGGCAGAGAGAGAAAGAGAGGUUUUCCAUCCACUGGUUUACUACCCAGUUGGCCACAAUGGUCAGAGCUGCGCUGAUCUGAAGCCAGGAGCUUCUUCCUGGUCUCCCACAUGGGUACAAGGGCCCAAGGUCUUGGGCAAUCUUCCAUUGCUUUCCCAGGCCACAGCAGAGAGCUGGAUUGGAAGUGGAGCAGCCAGGUCUCGAACCAGUGGCCAUAUGGGAUGCCAGCACUGCAGGCUGUGGCUUUACCCACUAUACCACAGUGCCGGCCCCCAUUCACUUUUAAGGAAUGUGAAUAAGGGUCAUGUCCCUUAAACCCUAUGAUGAUAUGGUAUCAUUAGGUCCAAUGUCUUGUUCAUUGGUGGUAUUGUAGAGGAUAUGGUACACAAUUGAGCUUGGUAGUUUCUUUUGUGGACUCUAAAAACCAUUCAACCAUGGGAUGAGGGGAGAUACAUUAAAAGAAUGGAUGGAGGGGUGAGUGAAACUCCUGUUAAGCCUCUUCUUGGACUCUUAUAUUCCAUAUCAGGGUACCUGGGUUCGAGGACCAGCUCUGCUUUUUAGCCUCUCAAUCUGUGGAUUUCUCUACCUCUCUCUUUCUCCCUCCUUCCACUUCUCCUUCUGUAUCUCUCUCCCUUCCUUCCUUUUGAAAUUUUUUUAUUCUGGGGAGGGGAAGGAGGGAAGAGAGAGAGAGAGAGAGAGAGAAAGAGAGAGAGAAAUCUCCCAUCCACUGAUUCACUCCCCAAAUACCUACAACAAAUAGGGUUGGACCAGGCCAGAGCUAGGAGCUGGAAAGUGAAUCUCAGUCUUGCAUGUCAGUGGCAGCAACCCAACCACGUGAGCCAUCACCAUCUGCCACCAUCACCGGCAGGAAGCCAGAAUCAACAGGGGAGCUAGGACUCAACCCCAGGUGCUCCACUAUGGCAUAUGGAUGUCCCAAGUUGCUUCUUUUUUUUUUUUUUUUUAAUUUUUAUUUUAUUUUAUUUUUAAACGGCAGAGUGGACAGUGAGAGAGAGAGAGAGACAGAAAGAAAGGUCUUCCUUUUUGCCGUUGGUUCACCCCCCAAAUGGCCGCUGCGGCCGGCACACCGCACUGAUCCUAAGCCAGGAGCCAGGUGCUUCUCCUGGUUUCCCAUAUGGGUGCAGGGCCCAAGCACUUGGGCCAUCCUCCAUGCAUUCCUGGGCCACAGCAGAGAGCUGGCCUGGAAGAGGAGCAACUGGGACAGAAUCCGGUGCCCCGACUGGGACUAGAACCCCAUGUGCUGGCGCCUCAGGCGGAGGAUUAGCCUAUUGAGCCACGGCGCCGGCCCCAAGUUGCUUCUUAACUGCUAGUCCGAACCCCCUACUUUCUUUCCUUUCUUAACUGAGGCAAAAUUCAUAUAACAAAAUUCAUAAGGUAAGCAAUUAAAUGGCAUUUAAUGAAUGCAUAGUAUUGUACAGUCUAGUUCUAAAACAUUUUCAUCAUCCUAAAAGGGAACCCCAUAACUGUUAAGCAGUUACUCCCCAUUUCCUGUUUGCCCUGUCCCUGAUAACCAUCAAUCUGCUUUCUGUCUCUGGAUUUACCUGUUCUGGAAUAUUUUGUAUAAAUGUUAUCAUAAAACCUGAAAACAUUUGUAUCUGACUUCUUUAGCUUUGCACAGUAUUUUUCAGGUUUGCUGUAACAUGUUUCAGUAUUUUAUUUCCUUCUAUAGCUGAAUGAUACUCAUAUGGAAAUAUAUAUGUAUUGAUUUAUCUUCCUUAAUUUGUUUAUUCAAUAUUCAUCUGUCAGUAGCGUUUUUUGUUGUUGGUUUUGCUUUUGACUGUUGUGAAUAGUGCUGCUUUGAACACUCAUGUAUAAUAAUUUGUUUGAGUACUUUUAAUUAUUCGGGAUAUAUGCUUGAGAAUGAAAUUACUGGGUGAAUUUGAAAAUUGAAAUGAAAUUCCUUUUUGAGGAACUGCCAUACUGUUUUCUAUAGUGGGUGUACCAUUUUAUAUUCCCACUAGCAACUCAUGUUUGAGGCUUCUUCUUAUUUCAUAUUCUCAUCAAUAUUUGUUAUUUUCUAUUUUUUUAUAAUAGCCAUCCUACUGGGUAUAAAAUAAUAUUGUGGUUUUGAUUUGCAUUUUCCUAAUUUACUAAUUGUUCACAAUAAUUUGUUGUCCACAUAUAUUGCAUAUAUUGUUUAGAAAAAUGCUUAUUCAAAUAGUUUUCUCAUAUUUAGUUAGGAUUUUUUAAUGUAUAUAUUGGGUAUAAACGCCUUAUCAGAUAUUUGAUUUGUAAUAUUUUCUCUCAUUCUAUGGGUUGUUGUUUCACUCUUGAUGAUGUUCUUUGAUGCACAAGUUUUGAAUUUUGAUCUAGUCCAAUUCAUUUUUUCUUUUUUUUUCUUAAUUUUAAUGGCAUAUAGAAGAAAUUGUUGUCAUGAAGUUUCCUCCUAUGUUUUCUUCUAAGACUUAGAAUUUUAACUCCCAUGUUUAGGUCUUUGGACUUACAUUUAAGCUCAGCAUGUUCCACUCUGCAUUUUUAUGCUCAUCCUUUUCUCUGUGCUUAGAAUUCCUUCUUCCCCUCUCCAUGUACUCAAACUAUUCCUAUCUAUUAAGGUCUAAUUUACAUACUACCUGCUUCUUGAAGUCUUCUUAUGGAAGAAUAAGUCUUCCAAGGAAUCCCUUCUUCUGAUCUCUAAUUAGUGCUUUAGUUUCACUUUUUUUUAAAAAAAUAGAAUUUGUAUAGAGCCAUAUAGUUUACAUCUAAUCUCUAUAGGACUUUUAGAUGAGAUGUAUGUUUUUCAUAUUUGUCUCCAUACUGUAUGUUGAAACUGAUUUUAUAUGUUUACCAAUAAAUAUAUAUUGAAUGAAUGGGUGCUUUUUUCUUUCAAUGUGUUUCCAUUUUUUUACUCAUCCCUUCUGGAAGGCGUGGGAGAAGACAAAAAGGAAAAGAGGGUAUCACAAGAGUCCCAGCUAGAUAGUACUCCCCAGGUAUCACUAGACAGACCCAUGGCUCCCCGGUCCCGGAGACGAAGGCAUAAGAAACCUCCCUCAUCAGUGGUUUCCACGAUUGUCACCCCACCUGCAGUUGUGACCUCUGUACCUCUGACUCUCUCAAAACCUGGCCCUAGUAUAGAUGCACUUGGCUUCUUCUCUUUGGAGAAUAAUGUUCCUGGCCUUUCGCAGCUGAUCCUUCAAAAGCUGAACAUGAAAAGCUAUGAAGAAUACAAGUUGGUGGUAGAUGGGGGUACCCCAGUAUCGGGCUUUGGAUUUCGAUGUCCUCAAGAAAUGUUCCAGAAGAUGGAGGACACCUUUCGAUUCUGUGCUCAGUGUAGAGCACUCCCCAGUGGCCUUCCAGACACCAAGGUCCUCCGGCACUGUAAGAGGUGCAGAAAUGUCUAUUAUUGUGGUCCAGAGUGCCAGAGGUCAGACUGGCCAGCACACAGGAAAGUUUGUCGAGAGCUUCAUCUUGUGGCUGUGGACCGACUCAUGGAAUGGCUUCUGGUCACAGGUGACUUUGUCCUACCCUCAGGACCUUGGCCAUGGCCAGCUGAUGUACAGGACUGGGAUACCUGGUUUUCUAUGAGAAGGUUACAGUUAGAUACUACACUGGAUGCUGUGAUAGGUAGUCAUGCCAUGACCACCUUGUGGGCCAAUGUAGGACGCCCAAGGCCAGACCCAAAUGUUUUGCAGGGCUCAUUGAAGCGGCUUCUGACAGAUGCCCUGUCCCGGCCCCUGACACUGGGCCUAGGACUUCGGACCUUGAGGAUAGAUACUGGGAAGGCUGGAGGAAGUACAGUGCAUGUGGUUGGCGCUUCCCACGUGGAGACAUUUCUUACUCGCCCUGGAGACUAUGAUGAGCUUGGCUACAUGUUUCCUGGACACACUGGCCUUCGUGUGGUCAUGGUGGGUGUAGAUGUGGCUACUGGCUUUUUACAGAGCACUUCAGCUUCGACCCUGGAGCCUGGCACAAUUCAACUUAGUGGCCACAGGGGCCUUUAUCAUGACUUCUGGGAGGAGAAAGUAGAGACUGGGAAGAUAGCCCAUCCUGAUUUGGUGGUUGCAUUCCAUCCAGGUUUCCAUGCCUCUGCAGAUUUGAUGGAGGCCUGGCUGCCCACCUUGCUGCUACUUCGUGACUAUGAGAUCCCUACACUGAUAACUGUUUACAGCCACCAGGAGUUGGAAGCCUCUUUGCAGAUUCUGGUGAACCUGGAUGUGCACAUCAUUGCCUGUGGAGCUAACCCUUUCACAUCCCUCAAACCUGAACAGGUCUAUUCCAACCCCAACAAGCAGCCAGUGUACUGCUCUGCCUACUAUAUUAUGUUUCUUGGCAGCACCUGCCAGUUGGAUAAAAAACAAUUGGAAGAGGAAGUAGAUGGUGGGGUUUAAAUAACUGAACCAGAUCCAGACCAGACAUCUAGAAAAUGGGGAAGUGAAAUGACGCUACUGAUGUUAGGUUUGUCAUCAGCUUUGUAACCUGCUGUAUCCUAAGACUCUUUGAUUGUGCAGGUAAAGAUUCUAAACUGAAUGAGAGCUCCAGUAUGAUGUGACUCAUUUCUAACAGGUUAGCCAUGGUAGCUUCUAGAGAGGAUUCUACACUUAGUGGCAAAGGGUUUGUCCUGGUAAUGAUUUAUCUAGAACCUAGAGUUUGUUGAAGAUUCCCUUGUGGAAGUUACACUUUCUAACUGAGAAGAAUGAAACUUACCUUAUUCUUCUGAAAAAGUUUUCUUCUUAGCUAGCAGUUGGGGCAAAAAAUAGAGAUAUGUUAAUGACUUGAAGGAGUGCAAGAAUGGACAAGUCAGAGAAGUUGUUGGGACACAAAGGAAGUUAUCAGGAUGGCAGCUCUCCUUUUUCCCGGCUUUUUUUUCUUUUUAAUUUAAGCUAUACAAGUUUCAUGUUUUUCAUAUACAGAUUUUAGGAACCUAGUGAUACUUCCCACCCCGUUUCCUGGCUUUUUGAGAGAAAUGUUUCAUUUUUCUAUUUUCACUCAGGGAAUUCUGACCCUAGAGCAGCCCUGGUAUUUUAGAUAUUCCAGAGUUGUUAUCUCCUUUUCUACCAUAAUAAACAUGGUUUGGGGCUUCCUAAGUCAUUUGUUUUAUCUAAUUUCUGGCUCGCCGGCAAAUAUUACUCACCUUCACCAACAACACCUCAUAGGUAGGAGUUUCCCUUUUGCAGAGGGAAUGAUUAGCAUCAGUUCUCCAUUUGGGCCUGCCUCUUCUUGUUUUUUAAGAUUUAUUUUAUUUUAUUUAUUUGAAAGGCAAAGUUAAAGAGAGAGAGAGGUUUUGCAUCUGCUGGUUCACUCCCCAAAUGGCCACAACUGUCAGAGCUGAGCCAAUCAAAAGCCAGGAGCUGGGAGCCAAGAGUUUUUUCCUGGUCUCCCACGUGGGUGCAACGGCCCAAGCAACUGGACCAUCCUCCGCUUUUUUCCCAGGCACAUUAGCAGGGAGCUGGAUCAGAAGUGGAGUAGCUAAGGACUCCCACUGGCACCCAUAAGGGAUGCUGACACUGCCAGCUGGGCUUUAACCUGCUGUGCCACAGCGCCAGCCCUGGGCCUGCCACUUUUAACAAUAGUUGUCUCAUGUCAUCCUUCUGUAUGUCUCUCUUUUUUUUUUUUUUUUUGACAGGCAGAGUGGACAGUGAGAGAGAGAGAGACAGAAAGGUCUUCCUUGUGCUGUUGGUUCACCCUCCAAUGGCUGCUGCGGCUGGCGCACCGCGCUGAUCCGAAGGCAGGAGCCAGGUGCUUAUCCUGGUCUCCCAUGGGGUGCAGGGCCCAAGCACUUGAGCCAUCCUCCACGGCACUCCCUGGCCACAGCAGAGAGCUGGCCUGGAAGAGGGACAACUGGGACAGAAUCCGGUGCCCCGACCGGGACUAGAACCCAGUGUGCCGGCGCCGCAAGGCGGAGGAUUAGCCUAGUGAGCUGCGGCGCCGGCCCUGUAUGUCUCUUUUUAAAAAGGUUAAUUUAUUUGAAAGAGUGACAGAGAGAAAGGGAGAGAUGGAGACAGUUCUUCGAUUCGCUGGUCCACUCCCCAAAUGUCUACAACAGCCAGGACUAGGUUAGGCUAGGCUGAAGCCAGGAGUUAGGACUUCCAUCCACAUCUCCCAUGUGAACAGCAGGAACUGAAGUACUUAGGCCAUCAACUGCUGCCUCCGAGGCACAUUAACAGGAAGCUGGAUCAGAAGUGUAUAGUAGCCAGGACUCAGCCAGGCACUCUGAUAGGGGAUGUAGGCAUCCCAAGCAGCAGCCUAACCCAGUGCACAACUACACCUGUCCCCAUCCUUCUUUUACCCUACUGAGGGUUAGGACAUCCCCUCACUAUUUCUUCCUGAAACCUUGCCAUGAGCUAUAGACACACACAGACACAACCUGUCACUUGGAUACACACAUUUACACUCUUAAUGCCCACUCUUACAAGGGUAAUUUUAAAAUUCAUUGUUUAUUCAAAACAUUUAGUACUUACCCCAUUGGCUUUGUAAUGUGUAUUUGGGGAAGUAGGAAGGUGAAUGAAACAUUUUUAACCUCCUGGGAAGGGAAAUGGUUCAUCUACAGAGAUAACUUUAAGAUGUAAUAUGGAAUAAGAAACAUGAGAGAGGCCUAAAGUACUAAGGAAAUAGAGUGAAAAAAGAUCACUUUGCUAAAUGACAGUGAGGGUGUUAUGAAUUAGGAUUUUAGGAAACAGAGCAUUCCCUAUAGAACAACAGAAACAGAAGUUUGGAGGCAAAAAAAGCAUAGGGGGCAUUUUAGGAUACUUUGGGGGAUUUGUAUAAAUUGAGACUUGAAAAUUUAUUGGGACUAGAUUAUGGAUGGAGUGUAGCCUACUAAUCAGCUUUGAAUUUAUUUAGGCCUGAAUAUGAACCUUGGAGCCACCAUCAAAUAUCUUUUUGCCUGUAAAAAAAAGCUAAACUACUCUAAGCCUAGUUUUCUCAUCUGGGGUUUAAUCACUAAUACUCAAAGUUACAUUAAGAGUUAAAUGGAGGUGUUGGCCUUGUGGCAGCAGGUUAAAAACCUCAGCCUUCAAUGCUGGAGUGCCAUAUGGGUGCCUGUUAGAGCCCCAGGUGCUCUGCUUUUGAUUCAGCUUCCUGCUAAUGCCGUGGUAAAGCAGCGGAAGAUAACCCAAGUUCUUGGGCCACUGCACCCACGUGGGAGGCCAGGAUGAAGCUCCAGGCUCUGGGCUUUUGGCCCAGCCCUGACUUGCAGCCAUUUGGGGAGUGAACCAGUAGAUGGAAGAUCUCUCUCUGUGCGUCUCCCUUUCUCUCUAACUCUGCCUUUUAAAUAAAUUUUUAAAAUCUGGAAAAAUAAAUUUAUAUAAAAACAGUUAAAUGGAAAUGUUUGCAGAGUUGGCGAAUUCAUAUAUCUCAAUUUCAAAAUUUAUUACAAAGCAACAGUAAUCAAGACUGUGAGAGGUUGGCAUUGUGGCAUAGUGGAUUAAGCUGCUGCUGUAAUCCCAUAUGGGCACCAGUUUGAUUACCAGCUACCUUCUAAUCCAGCUACCUGCUAAUGCAUUUUAGGAAAGCAGUGGAAGAUGGCUUGAAUGCUUGGCUCCCUGCCAAGCAAGUAAGAAACCUGAAAGAAGCUCCUUGCUCCUGAUUUUGUCCUGGCCCAGCCCCAGCUGUUGCAGCC